AUGGGUGUAUCCGGACUCCUGCCGCUUCUGAAGUCGAUACAUAAACCCACCGAAUUAAAGAAAUGCCACGGUCAAACACUAGGCGUUGAUGCUUAUGGCUGGCUUCACCGGGCAGCAUUUUCGUGCGCUGUCGAGCUGGGCCAGGGCAAACCCACAACCAGAUAUGUCGCAAGUGCCAUGCACCGCGUACGCAUGCUGCUUCACUUUGGGAUCAAGCCUUACAUGGUCUUUGAUGGCGACUACCUCCCUAGUAAGGCCGCAACCGAAGACUCGCGCGCCAAGAAGCGUGAGGAAAAGAAGAAGCUCGCCAACGACCUCAUGAAAGCUGGCAAACCCAGUCAAGCUGCGCAAGAGUUCCAAAAAUGUGUUGACAUUACACCAGAAAUGGCAUCGACACUCAUCCAGGAGCUAAAAAAGCUGGACAUCUCCUACAUCGUUGCCCCGUACGAGGCCGACUCCCAGCUGGUGUAUCUCGAGAGGCAAGGCUUGAUCGACGGAAUUUUGUCCGACGAUUCGGAUCUACUCGUCUUUGGAGCACAACGGUUACUCACCAAGCUUGAUCAGUACGGCAAUUGUAUUGAAAUCAACCGACGCGACUUCGGCGCUUGUCGAGAGAUCUCACUCUCCGGCUGGUCCGACACUGAAUUCCGCAGAAUGGCCAUCAUGAGCGGUUGUGACUACUUGAACGGUCUCCCUGGGGUUGGCCUGAAGACAGCAUACAGAAUGAUGCGCAAAUCGAAGUCACCCGAACGCGUCGUCCGCAUGUUGCAAUUUGACGGCAAGCGCGUCUCCGAGAAUUACCUGACGCAGUUCUACCAAGCAGAGCUCACAUUUCUGCAUCAAUGGGUGUUCUGCCCGACCCAAAGGGGGCUUGUCCACUUGACUGAACUCGAUGGAACACGCACAGCCGCCGAGAUGCCAUUCAUUGGUGCCUUUGUCGAACCCGCUAUUGCCCGCAGAGUCGCCGCUGGUGAUGUCAACCCUAUUACAAAGGAGCCCAUAGUUCUAUACCUCACGCCUUCGAAGCGGAAAUUGGCGCAGACCAAGUCAUAUUUUGCCACGCCUGCGCCUAAACAGCCACUUGUGAAAGCAAUAACCUCAUUCUUCAAGACGCCCAGCCGCAAGCCCAUGGGCGAGAUGGACCCCAACUGUUUCUCUGUGGAUGCUGCGCGUGUGGCGCAGCUGACUGAUGGCGGGCUGGUACCUGUCGUGUUUCCUUUGCCUCGGCCGUAUAUCGAAACCAAGCAGAACUUGGAGUCCUCAAACCGACAAAGUCAGCACCUAACACCACGAAGGACAUCGCCUCGUCUCAAUCGCCGGCGCACAGACACACUAGGCAGCAUGGUUUCUCACAUUGCCAAUAUCCCUCUCGUUACUCACCCAAACAAGGCCGUCGCCGCGGCCGCGCCACGUCCAGAAUUACAAUCCCGUCCGCAGAAGAAGGCUCGCCUCUGCGAAGCCACUGGGCCAGUUGAGACGUCUCCUAAAAGGAGCAAAUUCUUCUCUGCGAAGAAACUUCCUGCUGCGAAGACGCUCGCGCCAGCUCAGACAGAAGACUACCUCUAUUCUGACGACUCUGUGGAAGCAGUACUUAAGGGCUUGCCCGAGAUGGACAGCUGGGAACCUAGCGCCAAGACGAGCCAAAGAAAGUUGCUUAUAUUUGAAGAUGCCCCCCAGGAGAUGACGUCCCUCUCUGGAGAGACACGCAAACUAAUAGAGAGGACCAUGUCGAACACGAGCCGGCUGACCACAGCUGACACGUCCCGAUCAUCCCUGGAGCCGCCGUCCGCGUCUUCGAUACCGCUCUUGCAACAGACAAAGACUCCGAUAUGCCGGUCCCUUGGUAAAUUUACCUACACUUCAUCGUCGUCCUUGCGAACGUCUGUGUCCACUCCUGCAUCCAGCGUCUCGGUUCAGUCCUCCGUCUUCAGCCUCAGUCCAUCCACGCCAUCAACUGCCGCAUCGAGCGUCGUGUCUUCACGUAUGACGCCGCUUCAGUAUCUCGGGGCAAAGGCUGUUGCCGACCCUCUCUUCUCUCCCAGCAUGGCCGCACCGCGACCCCGUGCCGGCGAUAAUAAAAGUGCUAUUGUUUUUAGCGGCAAGCCCCCCCAGGUGAACCCUGCGUUUGUUCCGCUGCCCAAGGUCGACAUAGAUGAGGUGGAGGCACUGCACAAGGCCUGCGACAAUCGUGGUAGCGAAGACCAAAUCAUACCGGAUAGUGACAGCGAGCACGGGGAAGAGUACCACCUACCCGCAAAGAGGUUCAAUCCUCUGAAAUUUACAUUUCGUUGA